UGUUGGUCUCUUCUCUCUCGACUCCAAGUUUUCAGCAAUUUAGGGCUCUUUCUCAACUGGAGAAUUCUUAUGUUAUUUUUUCAUUUUCUUGUUUUACUUCGAUUUGGGUUCCUCCAAAGCUAGAUCCUUUCAUUGCUAGAUUCUAGAUUGGGAGUUCGAAAUUGAUGUUUAGGAAACGGAAUUUAGUUCUAGAAUCGUUGCGUCGAUUCGAUCUCAGUAACGUAGAAACCCUAGGGGAAGCUUUGUGUAGUCGUAUAGUUGGUACACCCUCGAAACCGGCUCUGUUCUGCACUAAUGUUCAACCUGCUCGAUUAAGCUGGGAAGCUUCUUCUCAAGUGAUUCUCAAGAAGAAGCUCGAAACAGCUCUUAAGGAUCACCGUGUAGAUGAUGCGUGGGAUGUGUUUAAAGAUUUCAAACGGCUCUAUGGUUUUCCGAACAGUGCGAUCAUGAACAGGUUUGUGACUGUGUUGUCUUACUCGUCUGAUUCCGCUUGGCUUCGCAAGGCUGAUGAUAUGACUCGUUUGGCAUUGAAGCAAAACUCAGGUCUGUUAAACGGAGAUGCUCUCACUAAGCUGUCUCUUUCUCUAGCGAGAGCUCAGAUGCCUGAAUCGUCCUGUACCAUCCUUCGUACAGUGCUGGAGAAGGGAUAUGUCUUAACCUCAGAUGUGUUGAGGCUUGUAGUGAUGCACAUGGUGAAAACAGAGGUCGGGACUUGUCUAGCUUCGAAUUAUUUGGUUCAGGUUUGUGAUCGCUUUUUGGAUUUGAAUGUGUCGAAAAGAAAUAGCCGCACCGGGAAAGUCAUGAAGCCUGAUACGGUCUUGUUUAAUCUUGUACUCGGUUCUUGUGUGAGAUUUGGUCUCUCUCUCAAAGGCCAAGAACUUAUCGAGCUAAUGGCAAAAGUCGAUGUCAUUGCGGAUGCAGACUCGAUUGUGAUCAUGUCUUGCAUUUAUGAGAUGAAUGGUAUGCGAGAUGAGUUGAAGAAGUUCAAGGAGCAUGUUGUUGGUCAGGUACCGUCUCGACUUCUUUGUCACUAUCGGAAACUUUUUGAUAAUUUGUUAAGCCUUGAGUUCAAGUUUGAUGAUAUUGGUUCUGCGGGAGGGCUUGUCUUAGAUAUAUGCAAGAGUAAGGACUUGCUCUCGGUUCAGAAUCUUGGAUUUGAUUCCGAAAAGCCUCGGGUUUUGUCUGUUGGUUCUCACCACAUCAAAUCCGGUUUAAAGAUUCAGAUUUCACCCAAGCUUUUGCAGACAGAUUCAUCUCUUGGAGUGGACAUUGAAGCAACUUUUUUCAGUUAUUCAAAUUCCAAGCUUGGUAUCACAAACAAGGCUCUUGCGAAGUUAGUUUAUGGGUACAAGAAACGUGAUAAUCUUCCCGAGCUAUCAAAGCUUUUGUUUUCGGCUGGUAGAUCUAAUUUAUGUGCUGAUGUGAUUGAUGCUUGUGUUGGUAUUGGUUGGUUAGAAGCUGCUCAUGAUAUUCUUGACGACACGGAUUCUGCUGGCCAUCCCAUGGAACUGGCGACAUAUAGGAAGGUCUUGUCGGGUUAUUACAAGAGUAAGAUGUUGAGAAAUGCCGAAGUUCUUCUGAAACAAAUGACGAAAGCCGGACUAGUUACAGACCCAUCAAACGAGAUUAUGGUUUUACCAGAAACCGAAGAGAAAGACAGUGAAAACACAGAGCUCAGGGCACUCUUGGUUCAAGAAAUCAAUGCAGGAGAACAAAUGAAAGUUCCAAGAAUGAUCUACGAGCUAAACUCGUCCCUCUACUACUUCUGCAAAGCAAAAAUGGAAGGAGAUGCCGUGUUAACCUACAGGAAAAUCCAGAAGAUGAAAAUCCCACCAACUCGCCAGAGUUUUUGGAUCUUGAUCGACAUGUAUUCAUCUCUUGGCAUGUACCGGGAAAUCACAGUCGUGUGGGGGGAUAUCAAAAGGAACAUGGCGAGCAGGAACUUAGAGGUAACACAAGAUCUGCUAGAGAAGCUUGUGGUGAACUUUCUCAGAGGUGGGUAUUUUGAGAGAGUGAUGGAGGUUAUCAAUUAUAUGAAGGACAAGGAUAUGUAUAGUGAUCUAACUAUGUAUAAGAAUGAGUAUCUUAAGCUUCAUAAGAAUCUAUAUAGAACCUUGAAAGCAUCUGAUGCUGUAACAGAGGCUCAAGCCCAGAGGGUUGAGCACGUCAAGGCCUUCAGGAAACUAGUUGGUAUAGUAUGAUUGUAUUUAUUUAUCCCUCCCUUGUAUUAUAAAUUCAAAACCAAUUAUGUGUCAUAAUUAUGCAAAAC